AGUCGAGUCCGAGAGAUCGACGAACACGUUCAGGAUAACCGCGAACGCUCUUGUUUCGGACGGUUUCUGAUGACGCCGCGGUCAAUCGUCUGGGAUCAACACAUUUAUCACAAUGGUGUAUUCAUUCGGUGCGCAGUUAAACAUGUUCGGAUCUCGAGCAAACGAACCACGUUUCAAACUGCUCGAUCGGACUGACCUGAGCGCCGUGGACCCUGGACCAAUGAUGAAAAGUUCGAGUUUUGCGGGAAGCCCAAACUUCGACCAAGUGGAGGUAUGUUAUACGGAUCCAGAUGGCCAGGAGCUGGCAGCGGACGACCAGACCAAAACAUCCGAAAUGGACUCGAAGGAGGUGAUCAAGGACAAAAACAACCUGGGGAACAAUCUGUCUGCUCAUAGAGGCCAGUCGGAACUAAUUGGUAAGAAGAGUCACCAUCCCGUGAAAAGGGCCUGGAGUGUGAACUGGAGCGUCGACGUGAAGGACAACGAGAGCCGAGCUCCGUCUCCAGACACACCCGUACAGAGCCAGCCAGGGCACGGGAUCCCCGGACCUUUGAGCUCUCUCGGCAGUCACGAAGAGAACCCGGGGGACGAUGAACACCAUCAUAAGACGGCUAAAAAAUAUCUCAGUUCGAUGCUGAGCACGAUCUAUUGUGUGUUCCUGGUGUGCAUGGGCUCUACGUUCUGCGCGACGGAAAGCAUCCUUGAAAAGUUCCACGAACACGAGGACCAUCAGAACCACUCAGUGAAAAUCUUCAGUAUUCUCGUCUGCCUCAUCGGCAUCGGAUGGCUACUGGCGCUCCACGUGGACAUACUAUGGUACAAGCAUUCCGCGAGUCGUCAGGUUCGGAGUCGUACCAGACCCAGUCAAGGAAACCUGUACAUGCAUUCAACAGCCAGUGUCUUCAAGCAGACGGCGAAACGUAACCUUCAACCACAGCUCUGGUUCCUUGAAGGUCGCCACAGUGGCAGCUUCUAUCUCAAAGGUGGAAUGGUCGUAUUCUGUUUUUGCCACUUGAUAAACGAAGGACUUCAAUUGGAGCAGUUCAUUCAGAAGGUAUGCACGGAUGGAGCGCAUACCGAUGCUGUUCUUGGAGUGAUAUUCCACGUACUCCGUCCGAUCUACGCAUUCUACCAACUCUUCAUGGCAUUCAAAUACUCCAACAUUGUAAUCAACCAUUCAAGACAUAUCGCACGCUUUGGAGCAAUGCACCUGAUAGCUACCUCACUCUAUUUCUGGUUCUUCUCGAUAGUUGAAGAGUACAAACACGCAGAGCACGCCUACGAUCUCGAGCAUGGCCAUCUCACUGAGCAAGAGAACUCCUCAGCGGCUUUCCGCGUUGUUUCGACGGUUGCUGACGCUUUGCUGCACGGGAACGAUACGCUUAACCAUUCAGGACCAAGCUAUCCUCUCCCUCACGAGACACACAGCGUCGCGGCUGCUUCGUCAGGCCAGGAUUCUCAUCACGAGAUCGUGAACGAAGCUCAUCAUGUGGAGAGUCAUCACAGCCCGUCGUCGAGUAUCACUGGUUUCCUGCAACCUUUCACCGUCGAGUACAACAUUAUCUUGGCUGGCGUUUGGUUCAUCGUAUGGCAGAAUAUCGGCAGAGGACCCGAAGUUCAAGUUCGACGAGAAUCCAUUUGCGCCAUGGGGCAGGAUGCGCGGUAUCAGAGCAAUCUCGUGGUCAGCGCUGAUUGCCACGCUUCUAAUAAAGGAUUAUUCGCCGGUCUGUUCUUGCUGCUCGUCUCGGUGGUCGCCUUGGUCAUCGCCCAGGAGGCGCAACGGUCCAAUGAGGGUUCCCCACAGGUCGUAAUGGUGCAGGAACGCUUCCGGAGAGCGGAGCUGAUGAUUUUCCUCGUCCAAGACAACAUACUGAUAAUCGUGGCGCUAUUAGCCGUCUGCUGGGCGUAUUGGCAGAUCCGAACACUCGAUUUCAGCGUGCAUCCGAUCACGUUACUAGACGACGUUCUACUAUACGUACCACUCCCAUUCUUCUUCAUUUACUUCUUCAUGUCGAUGAUAGCGGACAUCUACUCAACGAAACUGUCGCGAGUGAGCAGCAACGUCAUCACAGUAGUUCAAGUUGUGCUACAAACUCUGUUCUUAUCGGAUGGUCUGAGACGAUGCAGUAAUCAGAGGAGACACCAAUUCUUGAAACCCGGUCGGGAACUAGUAACCUUCCUCAUCAUCUGCAACAUCACGAUGUGGGUCACAACCACAUUCAAGACGGAUACCCAACACGAGAGCGAGAGUGCAGAAAUAAUUUUCGGCAAGAAUUGCUGGAUCCUCGUCAAGCACGCGACGCUGCCCCUAAUGCUGUUCUACAGAUUCCACUCGUCGGUGUGUCUUUCCGACAUCUGGAAAUCAGCUUACGAAACCGGCGAAUAAUUUCGACAGACGGGGUCUGACUCAGUCUUGCACGAGGUCAGCUUCCAUCGAGAAACCGCUCGUUGGAACUUCCAGAUGGACCUGCUGGAAACGAUUGCAUGAGUCGUUAAGGGGUGUCACUUAGAUACGACCGAGGUCCGCUGGCGCGUGACUCUAUCGAGAAUAGUUGUUCAGGCUGUGAAUCUG